AUGAAACCGCCCUUGCCCUUGCGCGCCUUUCCAUUCCCGUUAAAUGUCGGCACCGACAUUUGUCAGAUCUCGCGCGUCCGCCGAAUUCUCGACAGCCCACGACGAACGCGCUUCAUCAAUCGCAUCUUGGCCCCCGAGGAACUUGAGAGCCACAAGGCGCGUCUCGACCCCAGCCCAGGCACAAUCCUGGCCAAAGAUGCGCAGAUAGGCGGCCGAGGCGGAGAAACGCCGCCAUGGGAGACGGCUGCUUUUCUGGCGGGGAGAUUUGCGGCAAAAGAGGCGGCUAUCAAGGCUCAUCCCCACAGACAGCUGUCGUUCCACGACGUCGUGAUUGAGAGACGGAUGGGCAAGGCCCAACGGUUGGGGAGUGGUCCGCCCGUGGCGAGGAUUAGAGCCGCAAAUGGUGAGGGGGAGGAUGUCAGUGCUUUGAUAUCCAUCAGCCAUGAUGGAGAUUACGCGACUGCGGUGUGUAUAGCUCACGAUCCGAGCUGA